AUGGAGUCGUCCUGGACGCCGGGGACCCGAGUCCACGUCUAUCGCUGGCUGAAUCACGAUGCGGCGCGCAAGACCGCCAAUGCGCAAAAGUUGAAGUCGCUGCCAGAAAUCAAGACCAAGCCCAGCUGGACCAAAAAGAUUCAUCCAGGUGUAUCCUCGUUCGCCGAUCGUCCGGAAGACGUCGGACCACAGCACCUUGAAGAACUCCUGCAACACGCCCAGGAGAUCAUCCCCCGCGAUGCCAUCAAAGAUACCCCGAUUUUCUUACUGGCCACCGCCGGCAUGCGCCUCCUACCCGAUGUCCAACGAAACCUCCUCCUAGAGCAGAUCUGUUCCUACGCCAGUGCCAAUUCCGACUUCCUCCUUCCCGACUGCGGCGUCCACAUCCAGGUCAUUCCCGGCGUUACAGAAGGCUUGUAUGGAUGGAUCGCGACCAACUAUCUCUUGGGAAGCUUCGAUGAACCAGAGGCGCAUGACCACGGCAAGGGUCACCAUACCUACGGCUUCUUGGACAUGGGAGGCGCGUCCGCUCAAAUCGCCUUCGCCCCCAAUGCUACCGAGAGCGAAAAGCACGCCAACGAUUUGACCUUGCUGCGCCUGCGAAACCUCGAUGGAUCCGAACAAGAACAUCGCGUCUUUGUGACCUCGUGGCUGGAGUUUGGAGUCCACGAAGCCCGUCGCCGCUACAUCGAAGCCUUGCAAGAAGCAAACAUGAUAGACACGUCCCAAGAGCUCCCUGAUCCUUGUCUUCCUGCGGGCCUCAGAACGACCAUCGACGGCAAACCGCUGCCAGUUGACGGCGAGGAAGGCGUCGCCCUCGUGGGAACGGGCAAGUUCGAUGAAUGUUUGAGACAGACGUACCCCCUCCUGGAUAAGGAUGCUCCCUGUGCCGACGAGCCUUGUCUCUUGCACGGCAUCCACGUCCCUGCCAUCGAUUUCGACGUCAACCACUUUGUCGGCAUCAGCGAGUAUUGGCAUUCGACGCACGAUAUUUUCGAGCUCGGCGGUCACAAAGUCUCGUACAACUUCAAGACGUACCAGGAGCGCGUGCAGGCUUUCUGUUCGCAGGAUUGGGAGGACAUCGAAGAGGGCAUCCAUCUCCACAAAUGGGGAAAGAAGUUGGAUCAGGAACUGGCCUCGGAGAUCUGCUUCAAAGCGUCCUGGAUCAUCAAUGUUCUCCACGAUGGAAUUGGCGUGCCUCGGGUGAGUUUGGAGGAGGCCGGUUCUGCCCAUAAUGGGACCAAGGAGCUGCUCUCCCAAGGACGGAUCAAGGGGUACAUUGACCCCUUCCAAGCGGUCCACAAGAUUGACUCGACCGAAGUGAGUUGGACGCUGGGGAAAAUGGUCCUCUACGCAUCUUCCCAGGUCCCGGUGGAGGUUGACGAAGCCCUGCCGGUGGGGUUUGGGAGCAACGUGGACGGGGUCCCCGCCGAUUUCCAGUUCCCUAGCGUGGAGCUGCUACCCCCCACGGAAGGUCUCCAUCAGGAGUCGUGGCACGAUGCCCUUUUCGAAGGAGGCAGCUCUCGUCGAGUGCCCGGGUUCAUCUUAUUCCUGUCUAUCAUUAUCAUGGCCUUGUUCUUCCUCUGUGGGCGGAACCGUCGCAUGCGGAUGUACCACAAGAUCAAUCAACUGUUCCACCGCGGAGGGCCGUCGCAUCCGAAUCAUCCCAAAAAACGCCGAUUCCUCGGGGGCAAACUGCCCUUCUUUGGCAGUCGAAGUCCCUCUUAUGAACGCGUGUUGGAAGACGGUGUCGGCGAAUUCGAUAUGGGCGGACUCGACUCUGGCCGCAGCUCGUCGGAAGGAGGGCGGUCCUCCGACGCCGACUCGGCGAGUUUCCUGCCCCCCAACCGCACGUCCAGCUGGGGGAGUGGCAAUGCACCCAGCCUCAAAUAUGGCUUAGACAACUCUUCGACGGGGACGAUUGGCCUCGGCAUCACGGCGGGCUCCGGUGUCAAUGCCAUGGACCGCACGGGGCUGGUGGUGAGAACCGAAAGUCGCGACCAUCUGGCUCCCAUCGCGCUGGGCCCAACCACCAACGGCCGCCGCUCGCGAGCCGGCAGUCCAACGCGAUCCCACCGGUCGCCGGCGUUGACGCCGCUUUCCCACGACUAA